AUGCCCUAUGCUGAGCAUUCGGGCGCAUGGCGUGGUGAGAUAUCAAUCACCCUUACUGGGUACAUCCCCUUCCAGUUGGUAUUCUAUGACCAUGAAUAUAGCCGUGAGAUGUCAUCAAGGCGUCUGUCGAUGGCUAUCCAGCACGGCCUGCCCUCGGGCACCAAUCUAACCUCAGUCAUCAUAUUAACGCCGCUUGUAGCUGAGUACGAAGCUGUGGUACGUAACAAAUCUAGGGUGGUACUCAGUGGCGAGCUGGUGCCUGGUACUCGAUACGUAGUACACGUUGUGCCCCCUACCCCUCCCAUCAUGGACAAUCUUGGUAUGCCAUUGGAAAGGUCAACUGGUAGCUUUUAUAUGGCCGAAGAGAGGGCCGACCUCAUGCAGGAUUAUGGUGCCUAUCAUGUGACCCAGCUCCCUCUAUUCGAUACAUCACAAGGCUAUCCACUAGUAACUAGAGCUGCCGAACGAUGGUGUGUCACUGCAUGCCCAGUAACUGUUGAGAACCUCCCUGAGGCUUUGAGGGUCGUCGUUGGUUAUAGGCGUGAUACCGGCAUGUACGACCCUUGUGCGGGGAUCCAUCAAACGGGUAACACAUCAUAUCUAUCUCGUGGCCUCACGCAGAUCCUCAACGAUACCGUGGCCCAUGUACCUAACGUCAGUAUCAUCACAGUGAUCGACAGCACCCGGCCUCAAUGGUAUCAUACUACUCGAUUCGUAACAACAUCCACUCUACAAGUCCUCUUAUCACCAGUAAUCAUCGGUGGUGGUCCCCUACGAGGGAGUGAUGGUGAAGUAGAGGCCGUCGUCCUGCGUAAUGUAUCCGGGCUGCAUGUACAGCUCACUGACCCUAUAAUGGCGGACAUACAGCUCUGGGGUAGCAGAGAUCAGCUUGUUUACAAUGCUACCACGGAUCCACAAGGGUAUCUCUUCGUGUCAUCCUGUCCAAUGUGUGAGCAACAAUCCAUCACUGUGGUAGUCCUAAUCGAUGACAAUGUGGUCUACAUACACCCCGCUCGAAUCUACUUAAACCGUGGCUCCUUCCGAUACGAUGAAGGCGACCUACAGCACGAGGAGGAGAGGAGGCCCAUACAGCUCCAUGUCACCCUAAUUCCAGAUCGUGGGCUAUAUGCACCGGGAGGGGUAUUGAUGAUGGCUGGAUGGAUACUCUCCUCGACUAUUACUUGUCUAGCAUGUCAGCCAGCCGACUUCACACCUUAUGUGUUUAAUCUAACAGUCACCUGGUCUCCCUCUCUACCCAAAGUGAUACUCCCUCUGCCUGUUGAUGGUAAAGGCGCUAUAAGUCCGUUUAAUAUCACAGUCCCAAUGUCGGUCCCUCUAGGAUCAUACCCAACAUUCACAGUUCACAGCUGUAGUCUUGCCGAUCCCCUAGUGGAGGCCACUGCCCCCCAACAUGGGUGUGAUAUACUCGGAUUGGAUGUUCCACAGUUGCUCAUAGCGGAACCUAGAGUGCCCAUUGCUGUGAUGGAUUUGAUUGUACCUUCUCUUACCACGGUGGAUAAGGUGCCCACCUCCAACGAUACGUACGUUACCAUAGCUACCUACAGUGGUACACCUUUGGCUGGUACAGCAGUAGACGUUAGAGUUACUGUGCGAGGCCCUAGCAAUAGUGUAUCAACAUGUGGCUAUUCAUCUGAGGACUACGAUACUUAUGCUGCUACUUACGAAACUAACGAUGAGGGGGUGGCCAGGAUCUCCCUCUUCGAUGAUAUAGAGGGGCCAUGGACCGAAGGGCAGACCAUCGAGAUUACAGCGAUCGCUCGUGAUCCGUUGGGUGCAGUCUUGAGUCAGAGUGCGAGCAUAACAAUUGAGCACCCUCUGCUGAGGCUGGACCCCUUACAGCUGUCGGUUAACAAUCCUAUCCCCGGUAUCGAGUUCAAUGCAUCAGCCAGAAUCAUACCAACAGGGAACGGUGACCUCUUCUCCUCACUGGAUGGGUCUCUCACCAUUCGGUCCUAUGUCGUAGAUGGUGCUACAUGUAAGCAGGCUAGGGCUGCCGUCUCACAGGGCCUCCAACAUUAUAGCUGCUCGCUUGCUGAUACCACCGUCCAUUGUAAGAUGAUGAUCGACCAUAUGCCCACGUCCGACCUCCUUGCCAUAGUCAUACAGGUCGAGACGAUCGAUGGUAGCCCUCCAGUGACGGCUUGUAGAGACAUCGCACCAUCACCACCCAAGAUCACAUCCUAUGCUUUCUCCAUGGACUCCCUAAGAUGUUCAGCAGAGUUAUCUAGUGAGUUCACCGUCCUGUCCCCAGUCGAGGUGGCCAUGUCGUGCGCCAAUCCGUAUAAGGGUGCUCAAGAGCCCACCUUUAUAUGGAUAACCUGGCCCGGUGGUCAUACAGGUGUAGUGACUGUAGAUACAGAACAAGAUACGAUCAAUGAGGUCAUUCAUAUAGAGGACCUAUCGAUCUUGGGUGGAGAACGUGACUCAGUAACACUAUCAGCCUACCUCUGGCAAUCAAUUACUGAGGUGCCCUUCAGUCUAGUCAACAGUUCCAUACAUGAUGAGAGUGCAACCUUACCGGACUGGAGCGGCCCUAGGUAUACUAGUGGCGAGGCCAUUUUGGAUAUCAAAGAUUAUCUGGCCCGUCCUCAUCGGGCCUAUGCUGAUUCCUUCGACAUCUAUAGUGAUAAAGAGGAUUACUCUCCUGGGGAUGAAGUUAUGAUAUCAGUUAGAGGGGGUGUGCCAAAUGGCUCGGUCCUCAUAGCAGUGGUAGAUGAAGGUGUGAUCGAUCUGAAGCCCUUACCGACUCCUACCACAGUAGAGGAUAUCCUAGGUAUGAUUGGGAGCGCAUCGACAAGCCUCGUCGAUUCUCAUGCCUUUAUAACAUCAUCUAAGAUGCUGUGGGAGAAUGCCCAACAUGUAUGGGAUAUUGCUGAUGAGGACCCAUGGUUUGCGGUCAACUUCGAUCCCUACUGGCUAGAUGAUGAGUACCUAUCCUAUCUCAAUACUCCUGCAUUUGAACAACCUUUAGGACCAGGCAAUUAUAUGAGUUUCUCAUCGGACGGUGGUACUGAUUUAGCACCAACCCCUGCCGAGGGUAGCACACCUGAUCGAGAAGCUGAUGCUGCUGCUGCUCCUAUGGAAGGUCCCCGAGAGGGCACUACGGACCCACCUAGAACUGUGUACUUCAAUUUUGUGGAUCUUACCUCAACUGGGGAGGCUACUGUAACCUUCAUGCUUGGUCAAGAUAGGAAGAGAUACAAGAUGAGUGCUUACAUGAUGGGUUAUGAAUCAUCGUCUGAAGGGUCCAUGAGCAUAGCUCAGUUGGCUGAUGCAAGCACCUCCAUAAGAGUAUCCUCUCCUAUUUAUAUGGAGCCCUAUGUACCUCGAUCUUUACGGAUCACUGAUGAGCCAGUCAUGGGUGUUGCCGUGAUAGCCACCAACCAUACUACUCAGCAGCUAGCCGGAUUGAAUCUAACGGUGGUGGUCACCAAUAUGUCCGAUGGUAUCUUCUCCCCCAUGGAAGCAUUACAGAGCACUCAUCUACUCACCAUACCAGGCAAUGCUGGUGUAUUGUACGCUCUAUUCAAGAUGCCAGUAGUAGCCACUAUACACGAUGAUGAUACUAGGAGCAAUAGAGGCUGGUUGUAG